CGGUGACGUGAGCGCUCCCACAGUGCAGCGGGCGCGGCCUAAGAUGGCGCUGCUCUGGACGUUGCUGCGAGGCGGCGUUCACUUCCACAGGCGCCGGCUCAUUUUCCUCUCACAGCCGGCCAGCGCCGCGCACUUGCUGUGGAGCUCCAGGAAUCGCCCCGAGCGGCGGCCGGAGGCUGCACAGUGGUGGCAACAUGUGGAUAAGAGGACAGACUGGCAUGGACAUGCUGGUGGAGGCCUUCAUACCGACCCCAAAAAUUUUAAGGAUACCGAUACAAGAAAAAUCAUCAAAGCUAUGCUGACUUAUGUUUGGCCAAAGGAUAGACCUGAUCUCCGUGCAAGGGUGGCAUUAUCUCUUGGUUUAUUAGGUGGGGCAAAGCUUAUGAAUGUGAUCGUCCCUUUCAUGUUUAAAUAUGCAGUAGAUGAUCUCAACCAAAUGUCAGGUAGUGUUUUGAACCUGAAUGAUGCAACAGGCACAGUCAUCACUAUGGCAACAGCUGUUCUCAUUGGCUAUGGAGUUUCUAGGGUUUGUGCAGCAGGCUUCAACGAGCUGAGGAAUGCUGUCUUUGGCAAAGUAGCUCAAAGUUCCAUCAGGCGAAUUGCUAAAAAUGUUUUCCUCCAUCUGCACAACUUGGAUUUGUCUUUUCACCUCAGCAGACAGACGGGUGCACUCUCAAAAGCUAUAGACAGAGGAACUCGAGGAAUCAGUUUUGUGCUCAGCGCAUUGGUAUUUAACCUGGGUCCCACCACAUUUGAAGUGCUGCUUGUCAGCAGCAUUUUGUACUUUAAAUGCGGUUUGCCGUAUGCAUUAGUUACCCUGGCGACUUUAGGUGCAUAUGCAGCAUAUACCAUUAGCGUUACACAGUGGAGGACUAUCUUCCGAAUCAAAAUGAAUAAAGCCGAUAAUGAUGCAGGCAAUGCUGCAAUAGACUCACUCCUGAAUUAUGAAACUGUAAAGUAUUUCAAUAAUGAGAAGUAUGAAGCAGAGAGAUAUGAUGGAUUCUUGAAGUCGUAUGAAGAAUCAUCUCUGAAGACUACCACAAGUCUUGCAGUAUUGAACUUUGGUCAGAAUCUUAUCUUUAGCUUUGGUCUGACUGGGAUCAUGAUACUUGCUAGUCAAGGAAUCAUGGCAGGAACACUAACGGUGGGAGAUCUGGUGAUGGUAAAUGGACUGCUUUUCCAAUUGUCUCUUCCCUUAAAUUUUCUGGGCACCGUAUAUAGAGAGACACGACAGGCACUAAUAGACAUGAACACAUUGUUCAAUUUGCUAAACCUUGAUACAAAGAUUAAGGAGGCACAAAUGGCUCCAGUACUUCAGCUUACUCCUGAAAAGUCUACCAUCACUUUUGAUGAUGUGCACUUUGAAUAUCUGGAUGGUCAAAAGGUCCUUAAUGGAGUAUCAUUUGAUGUUCCUACUGGGAAAAAGGUGGCAAUUGUAGGAUCUAGUGGUUCAGGGAAAAGCACAAUAGUGAGAUUACUGUUCCGCUUCUAUGAACCUCAGAAAGGAAACAUCUAUGUAGCUGGCCAGAACAUUAACAACGUCAGCCUAGAAAGCUUGCGGAAAGCCAUUGGCAUUGUACCACAGGAUGCUGUCCUGUUCCACAAUACAAUUUUCUAUAACCUCCAGUAUGGGAACAUCAAUGCAACAGAAGAAGACAUAUUCUAUGUUGCUAAGAUUGCUGGGCUUCACGACGCCAUUCUCAAAAUGCCACAUGGUUAUAAUACUCAAGUUGGUGAACGUGGACUAAAGCUUUCUGGUGGAGAAAAGCAAAGAGUAGCAAUUGCUCGGACAAUUCUGAAAAAUCCUCGCAUUAUAUUGUAUGAUGAAGCUACGUCUUCAUUGGAUUCCAUCACAGAAGAGAAUAUUCUCAGUGCAACGCGGGACUUGAUUGAGCAUCGUACAUCUGUGUUUAUUGCUCAUCGGCUCACUACAAUUGUUGAUGCAGAUGAAAUUCUGGUUCUGGAUAAGGGUAAAAUAGCAGAACGAGGAACCCAUUCGAGUCUCUUGAAUAAUGCCAACAGUCUUUAUUCUGAACUGUGGCACACACAAAAUAUCAGGGUGCGCAACAAAAACUCCAGUCGUCAAGAAGGAAAGAGAGUAAUGUCUUCCAAGGAAGAAGAAAGACGAAAAUUAUCAGAAGAGAUUCUGAACAGCGUUAAAGGUUGUGGAAACUGCUCUUGUUGAAAACCUUUUAUCUUGUAUUGGGAGUAAAUCUAUGCUGGCAUUUUGCACUGGAAGCGUUAUUAGGUAACAAUGUAUAAAUAGACCAUUUUGAACGGCAAAGCUGAGGAAACUUUUUCAUGAUGGAUUUUAUUUUUUUUUAACCAAACUGGUCAAAAUAUUUUUGAUUGGUAAACCUGAUGUUGAGGGUCCCUUCAUGGAACAGCAAAUUGAAAACUGGUAUCAAAAAUGGAUCAAAUAAACUAUUCCAUUGCAGUAGGAUCCAUACAUUUCCUAUGUUUAUGUUUAAGGGAAUUUUAGUGACUAUACUGAAUUACCGGUAUACAGUGGUUGGCUAAUGCUGUAUCAGUGUUAGCUUGGGCUAAUUUUGGGAAUGGUCAUGGUAAGCUAAACUAGUGUUUGUUUUAGUCCAUGGUUGAGUAUGUUGGGGACUGUGCAGUGGGAAUGUUAUGAUCCUCAUCGGAUAAAUUGUGUAAAUAUUUAGUGUUGGAUUAUACCAUUUCUAAUUGGGGCAGUGCUUGGUUUACCCAAAUACAUAACGGAAUUAUUUUGAGAAUAAGACACAAGUGAACUCUUUGGAACAAUGUUUACCAAUAAUGCACAUUUUGAACUUUGUUUACAGCCAUUUUAAAUUGUUCUGGAGAUAUGAUAAACAGCUGGUUGAUAAUUUAUUAGUUGCUAAUUUGAGAUAACAUGCCAAUAUUUUACUGAAAAGGCUUUGUAAAAGGCUGUAACGGAAUUUGCCUCUGGUUAUCUCUCGAGCUACAUUGCCUGUAUGUAUUUGUUAUCCUGUUGAUUAAACAUCAGUUCUGUAUAAAU